AUGCGACUCAUCAAAAGCAGCAUUGAACACAAUGGCUCCGGGGCCGUUACACUAUGCCCCGAGGAGCCUGAAGAUAUGUGGCAUGCCUAUAAUCUCAUCCGGCCAAACGACCUCCUGCGGGCCAGCGCAAUUCGCAAAGUCACCACAGCACAAGACAGCGGCACAACAGUAUCACAACGAGUACAUCUCAUGCUCCAAAUCCGUGUAAAGGGGCUAGACUUCGACCCAAACAGUUCACAGUUACAUGUAAGCGGGCAAAUCAUGAAUGAGACACAGCAUACAAGAAUAGGGCAACAUCAUACACUCGACCUGGAAUUGCAUCGCAAUUUCACGUUAGAGAAAGAGGUCGGUGCGGAGGGGGAAGGGGUGGGAUGGGAUAGUAUCGCUAUUGAUAUGCUGAAGGAUGCAGUGGAUGAAGGCGGGAAAAGAAGAGCGGAAGCUGUUGCCGUUGUGAUGCAGGAAGGACUGGCUCAUAUAUGCUUCAUCACACAAUUCCAAACGAUAUUAAAACAGAAGGUUGAAAUGUCAAUUCCGCGAAAACGCGCUGGAGGUGGGGACCAUGAUAAGGGACUAUCAAAAUUCUUUCAAGUCACCUUAGACACACUGCUCCGCCAAAUAGAGUUCAAUACAAAUAUAACAUCCAGCAACAAUAACGACGACUCGUCGAGGCCGAUCCUCCUAGCAUCGCCAGGAUUUGUCGCAGCAGGCUUCCAGAAGUAUAUUCAAUCCGCCGCCUCGACAAACAUGCCUUCUUUAAAGAGACUUUUACCGAGUAUCGUGGUAGUGCACUCGGCUUCUGGAUAUCUCCAUUCUCUCUCCGAAGUUCUUCAGUCACCGUCCGUCCGAACGCUGCUGUCAGAUACCAAGUACGCACGAGAAACAAAGUUAAUGGACGACUUUCUAGACCACUUGCGCAAGGACACCAACAAAGCAACCUACGGACCUCGAGAAGUCGAACACGCUGUAGACCAAGGCGCUGUUGGGAGAGGUGGAGGCGUUCUCAUAAUCUCAAACAGAUUAUUCCGUUCGCAAGAUGUGGCCGAGCGGAAGCGCUGGGUUGGGCUAGUUGAUCGUGUGCGCGAAGUUGAAGGCGGAGAAGUUCGCGUAUUGAGCUCAGAUCACGAAAGUGGGAAGCGACUCGAGGGAUUGGGUGGCGUUGCUGCACUUUUGACAUUCCCAGUUGCUGAAGAAGAUUUUAGUUCUGAUGAUGAUGAUAAUGACGCGCAUAACGACCAACAGCAUGCUAUUGAGGCGCAUUAG